AUGGCCGCCGGACCUUCGCCGCUCGCCGGCGACCGGGGCUCCUCCUCCUCCGCCUCCCACCACCAGCACCCGCCUCCCCCACCGCCGCCCAAGAUCCUCCUCGCCAAGCCGCCGCUGCCACACGCCGCCUCCGCGGGCGCCGACGACGACGGCGGGGGCGGGGGCGCGGGGGUCCGCGCGCGCCAGGCGACGCAGCCGGGGUUGCUCAGCCUCGUCUCCGACGCGUGGGAGGCCCACACCGACAAGAUCCUCCCGUAUUUGACGGAGAACAAUGAUUUUAUGGUGAUUGGGAUAAUUGGCCCACCCGGUGUAGGCAAGUCAACCAUCAUGAACGAGCUUUACGGAUAUGAUGCAAGCUCACCUGGAAUGCUUCCUCCUUUUCCUACACAAACUGAGGAAACAAGAUUGAUGGGGAAACACUGUACUACUGGUAUUGACAUCAGGAUAUCUAAUGAGCGAGUUAUACUCCUUGACGCUCAGCCAGUGUAUAGUCCCUCUGUUCUAAUCGAUAUGAUGAGGCCAGAUGGUUCAUCCACAAUUCCUGUCCUUAAUGGUGAACCCUUAUCAGCAGACUUAGCUCAUGAACUAAUGGGAAUCCAGCUUGGUGUUUUCUUGGCAUCUGUUUGUAAUAUAGUGUUGGUCGUGUCAGAAGGGAUGAAUGAUUUGUCCAUGUGGGAGCUAAUGCUUACAGUUGAUUCAUUGAAGCACAACAUACCUGAUCCAUCCAUGUUAACGUCAUCAGCAUCUCAAGACAAGAAAAAAAAUGAAGACCAAUUGGGCAGUGAAGACUAUAUUUCUGAUCUCUGUUUUGUGCAUGCUAGGUUGCAGGGACAAGAUUUUUCUCCUUCAAAGUUCAUGCUUCUAAGGAAAACUCUCGAGAAGCACUUCAACUCAUCCUCUUUUAGAAUCGGGAGCUCUAAUGCAACAGGUCAACCUUCUGAUUCGCUGGUUUCUUCAAGCACGAAAGUUGAAGAUUUAACCUCCGGUCGGCAGGAUAUAUUUCUCCUUCCCCUGAGAGGACAUGAUAACUCGACAAAGUUUGAGUAUGGAACAUACUCGUGCAUGCUAGGGAUGCUUCGUGAUCAGGCCUGGUCGAGUCAGUCUGACGUGAACACUCGUGUGGCUACGGAUCCUGUCAUGGCCGGCGAGGUCAUUCUCGAAGAACCUCUCGGAGCGCGACUGGCUGAGAAGCUCAGCGAAGAUCUGGGACAUGGUGAAGAAGUCCCCUGUCAUCUCGGAGUACUGCAAAGCGCUCCAGAGCUCUGGGUUGUUUAG